CCGUUGGGUGGUUCCUGAAAAAGGUUGUUUACCUUCUACCGAUAUAAAACAUCUCGCCGGCUGGAACUCUCAUGCUAAACUGGUCUUGGAUUUCGUGACGAGAGGCUACACAAGUGAACCAGCUACGAUGGCACGUUGGAUUUUCGCAACACUCGCAAUGGUCUUCUUGGGGGCCUUGGACGCCCAAGAUCUCUGUAGUCUUAAGAGCUGCGGAACUAGUCAAAAUGUGGGUUGUAAUCCUCCGCCUCAGACGGGUGGUCCAGCUUGCGCCGGCAAGAGUGCAAGCGUCAUCACGAUGGAUGCCACGUUGAAGAAUCUAAUCCUCGACCGACACAACACCCUCCGAGCGCAGCUGGCUUCGGGUAACCUGGCCGGGUUUAAGGCAGCCGUCCGCAUGCCGACGCUGGUCUGGGACGAAUCCCUGGCUUCUCAGGCCGGUAAUAAUGCGCGGUCCUGCAACUAUGCCCACGACGCUUGCCGCAAUACAGCGACUUACGCUUGGGCGGGACAGAAUCUGGCGAUGAAGAAGUACUACGGUAUGACCUUCACCAACCAGGACCUCGCCAAGAGUGCCAUCGAUAGCUGGUGGGGUGAGUAUAACGUAACAUCGCAGGCCCAAACCGAUAGCUAUCCGUCCGGUAGCGUUAGUCCAGCGAUCGGGCACUUCACGCAGAUGGCCAGCGAUCGCACGUCCACCAUCGGGUGCGCCAUGCAGAAGUGGUUGGAUGGCCAGUAUACGUCAAUUUACACGGUUUGCGACUACUCGGUGACCAACGUUGUCAGCACUGCGGUCUACAAGACGGGAACUAGUGCUUCCCAGUGUACUAACAAAAGCACCCAAUAUUCAGGACUGUGCGCCGUCGGUGAGAAUGUUCCCGCGACACCGAAUUAGGAACUGCGGAUUGCGAGUUAUCGAUCGGUUCGGUAUUUGACUACGUUGAAAGUAAUAAAAA